AUGGCAGACGGAUUCAGUGCUCUUCCUCCGCCUAUAGACGAUACGGAAAAACAUAAGAAGGCCUCCUGUGGAACAGCUUCCAAUCGAUACUUCGAUGAUAUCAUUCCAAUGGGCGAGUAUGAGGUUCGUGAAGCAUUAAUGAGCGAAGUAAAACGACAUCGAUGUUGGAAAGCAACUGCUGUCAAGAAAAUGCAAUUUGAUCAACUGGAAAUGCAAAGUUGUCUUCAGUAUUCGCUUGAAUCAUUUACGGAAGCUCGUUCGACGUCAGAUGCAACUGAAGCUGUUUCGCUCGGUGCUUAUUUAGACGCAGAUGCUUUACGAUCUAUGUCUGCAUUUAACAAUCCAUGGGAUUAUGAAGUUCUACCUUCAAAUUUGUUUGUUGAUCAGGUACGGGUAUUAGAGAUGCCUGGAACAAGCAUUAUCAAUACAUGCUCUGCAUGUAAUUCCGAAGGUACCGUACAUUGCUUUCACUGUCGAGGAUACGGAACAGACAAAUGCAACUUCUGUCGUGGAACUGGCAUGAAAUCUGGUGUUGCUCAUCCAGCUGUAUACACUCAUCCAAUGGUUGCCACCUUUCCUCAUGCUGAUCUAUCGAGAGGCUAUGCAUCAUCAUCUACAGCAAUGGUUCGACAAACUGGUGGAUCAGCAUAUGGUAUUGGCACCCCAAUGCAUUUCAUGUCGAAAACAGGAGUUCCGCCACCAGGAAUAGGAACGCAUGAUUUAUGUUAUAUGUGCCAUGGACGAGGUGUCAAAGAAUGCCAUCAUUGCAAAGGUGGUGGAAAGAAACCAUGCAAUGCUUGUAAUGGUAGUGGAAGUGUUCGCAACUAUACACGCUUAAAAGUAUACUUUAAAACUGAAAGGUCAGAACACUAUACAGAGUGCGAUGUGCCGGCUCGGUUAUUAGCUCAAUCAGAAGGAAAAGAACUGUUUGGAGAAGAAAUGCCAUAUGUAUUACCUAUAACAAAGUAUCCAAUUAAUGAAAUAAAUGAGAAAAGCAAGCAGUACUGUGCUCAACAUCUACAGAAGUGCAUGGGAGUAUGUCGAGUGAUAAGGCAACGGCACUCAUUAACUGCUAUCCCCGUAUGCAAAGUGAAUUACACAAUGGGUGCAUGUAAAGGUGUUUUCUAUGUAUACGGAACUCAACGUCACUGUUAUGUUCCCAAAUUCCCAUCUAAAUGUUCUAUUCUAUAG